CAGCAGUUUUGCAAGAGCCGGGAAGGAACUCAAGGAUGCUAACGUUUGCACCGCGGACCGACUUCUAAGCGCCAGGGAGCAGCGCCGUGCGCCACCCACUCCCACCUGUCCGGCCCGGAAGACUCGCAGGCUGGAGGGCGCGUGGAGGGUGGCGGCGCCGGCUGGCGAGGCAGGCGCCGGCAGCCGGGACGCGGGCAGCGCCCACCAGCAGCUGCGCCCGGGGACCGCCAGCAUGAGCAAGCCGGCCGGAUCAACAAGCCGUAUCUUGGACAUCCCCUGUAAAGUGUGCGGGGACCGCAGCUCCGGCAAGCACUACGGAGUCUACGCCUGCGACGGCUGUUCUGGGUUUUUCAAACGGAGUAUCCGAAGGAAUCGGACCUACGUCUGCAAAUCUGGAAACCAGGGAGGCUGCCCAGUGGAUAAGACGCACAGAAACCAGUGCAGGGCAUGUCGGCUGAAGAAGUGUUUGGAGGUCAACAUGAACAAAGAUGCUGUGCAGCACGAGCGAGGGCCUCGGACGUCCACCAUCCGCAAGCAAGUGGCCCUCUACUUCCGCGGCCACAAGGAGGAGAACGGCGCGGCGGCGCACUUCCCCUCAGCGGCGCUGCCGGCCCCCGCCUUCUUCACUGCGGUCACACAGCUGGAGCCGCACGGCCUGGAGCUGGCCGCGGUGUCCACCACUCCCGAGCGGCAGACCCUAGUGAGCCUGGCUCAGCCCACGCCCAAGUAUCCCCAUGAAGUGAACGGGACUCCAAUGUAUCUCUAUGAGGUGGCCACAGAGUCUGUGUGUGAAUCAGCGGCCAGGCUUCUCUUUAUGAGCAUCAAGUGGGCCAAGAGUGUGCCAGCUUUCUCCACGCUGUCUUUGCAAGAUCAGCUGAUGCUUUUGGAAGAUGCUUGGAGAGAACUGUUUGUUCUAGGAAUAGCACAAUGGGCCAUUCCGGUUGAUGCUAACACUCUACUGGCUGUAUCUGGCAUGAAUGGUGACAACACAGAUUCCCAGAAACUGAACAAGAUAAUAUCUGAAAUACAGGCUUUACAAGAGGUGGUGGCUCGAUUUAGACAACUCCGCCUAGAUGCUACAGAAUUUGCCUGUCUAAAAUGCAUUGUCACUUUCAAAGCUGUUCCUACACACAGUGGUUCUGAACUGAGAAGUUUUCGGAAUGCUGCCGCCAUUGCAGCUCUUCAAGACGAGGCUCAGCUAACGCUCAACAGCUACAUCCAUACCAGAUAUCCCACCCAGCCAUGUCGCUUUGGAAAACUCCUGUUGCUUCUGCCAGCUUUACGUUCUAUUAGCCCAUCAACCAUAGAAGAAGUGUUUUUCAAAAAAACCAUUGGGAAUGUGCCCAUUACAAGACUGCUUUCAGAUAUGUACAAAUCCAGUGAUAUCUAAGCUGCAAAAGUACCCACUUUUCAGGAUGGGACCAUAUCAGAUGGACUUCUUCCCAUGAAGAACAAUCCUCAACUAACAACAAAUCCUUCAGGAAGCAAGCCUGGGAAUGUGUAGCCUUCAGGAAAAAAAAAGUCAAUUGACACAAAACGAGUCCAGUAGCUCGGACCUGCUGCCUCCCCCAGAGUAGAGUAGCCCAAAAAGAAAGAGAGUGAAAGAGGGCCACCUCAGCAGAGACCUUGUGGCUGCUGCCCUGGGAGUGGAGUGGAGCCUGGAUCGCCACAGUCUGUCAUUCUGCCUCAUACCUGGAAGACUGGACAGAACUACCAAAAGCAGAAACACAAGUAAUGCUUUCUUUUCUUUCCUGGCCUAUAAAGUUGGGGAACCAAAUGUUGCUCUGUGUAUAAUGUCAUACAGCGGCCUUCAGAACAAUCUCACGUUGGAGCAUUUAUUUUCCAACAAUGGUUAGGUUUUAAAUCAUUUUAUUACAUGUUCCCUUCUGUUGUAAUACAUCAUUAAGUGGCCUUCAGGACUGAGUUAAUAAGUGAAAAGUAGCUUAUGCCAUAUGAUUUGCUUUUGCCUCUGUCUUCUUCCCCCCUUCUCUUUUCCUUUCCCCCCUCCUCCUUUUUAAUACCAUAGGCCAGGCAACCUUGUCAAAGGAAUUGGUGGGUAAAAAGAAGACUCUCACCAAAACUUGUGGUUGGAUACCAUCUCAAAACAUAGAAGAGCUUUACUAAAAGAAUACAGUUGAGGGAAGAUGAAUUAAAACAGCCAAAACCAAAUAGUGGAGUUGAGUGGUUGAGUGAGGCAGAUUGCUGUCCCAUUCCCAUAGUGCUGAAACCAAAGGCAGUGGGGGUCCAAACUGGUGCUUCAGUGCGUCACACCAGUGAAUGAACACGGACAUGAUGCUAGAAGAGCCUUCAAGGAGAUGAACGCUAACAGGUUUCUCCAUUGGUCUAUUGUUAACAGUCUGAGACUCUUCAAUGCCUUUCAGAAGACUCUGGUUUCUAGUAAAGCCUUGGUCACAUGCACAUGUGUACACACACAUACACAUAGACACACAAGUCCUACACUAUAAGCUGCUCCUUUGGUAUGAAUCUAUACUUAUGGAAAUGUAGAAACAAACAUUUAAAAAUAGCUGCUGUACUUUUCACAUUUUGAUUUCUUAGGUACUAGCACUGAGGGGAAAAAAUCAGCACUUGGACUAUCAUAGGAUGAAUAAAAAUUUUCUUGUACAAAGUGAAUUAACUGAUUUGUGAAGUUAAAAAGUUGUACUCAUUGUAUUUACAAAGAAUAAAAAUAUAUUGAAUUUAAA